CUAGGAGUCAUGGAGAGGUUGAUAAAGUGGUGUCCACUUCGUCACUCACUGGAAGUAAGCGUUGCUCGAUAUACACUUCUAGUACUUGCUGGACGGUAGGCGGCGAGACUAUUUACUGCCUGACGGUGCUGUUUCCCGCCCUUCAACCCAAACCAACUAAACCAAACCACUCCAGCUCGCCACAACAACAACAACAACAGCACAAACCACUCUCCUUGAUAAUUUCUCUCAGAACCCACGAUGAACCGGUUAUUCGGUAGCAAGAACACGGCUCCCAAGCCGACAUUGGACGGGGCGAUCAGCAAUGUCGAAAACCGCAUCUCCAGCAUCGACGUCAAGCUGGCGGCGCUGAACUCGGAGCUCUCGACCUACCAGACCAAGAUCGCCAAGAUGCGCGACGGGCCCGGCAAGACCGCGCUGCGGCAGAAGGCGCUCAAGGUGCUGCAGCGGCGGAAGCAGUACGAGGCGCAGCGCGACCAGCUGUCGCAGCAGUCGUGGAACAUGGAGCAGGCGGGCAUGAUGCAGGACAACCUGAAGAACGUGAUGACGACGGUGGACGCGAUGAAGACGACGACCAAGACGCUGAAGAAGCAGUACGGGCAGAUCGACAUUGACAAGAUCGAGCGCAUGCAGGACGAGAUGGCCGACUUGAUGGACAUCGGCAACGAGAUCCAGGAGAGCAUCUCGCGCGCCUACGAUGUGCCGGAGGACGUCGACGAGGCGGAGCUCGACGCCGAACUCGAGGCACUCGGCGAGGAGACCAUGAUGGAGGGCGCCAUGGCCGACAGCGCCAUGCCCAGUUUCCUACAGGACGAGGUCGCGCCGCCGCAAUUCAUCGAUGAGCCGCCGGAGCAGAACAAGAUCAAGGAGCCUGCGGGCGGGCUUAGCUGAAUUGGCGGGACGGGUGCAACCAGGGUCUGUGAGUCUAGGUGUUUUAACUAUGGAGACAUUCGGAGUCGGGUCAUGUGUAUUUCUCCUUUUCAACAUUUUUUUCAUUUGAGGCAUUCAUUUCCUGGUUUCAAAAUCUAUGUACGAGCACCUCGCCGCGCAACGGAUCCAGGCGAAACUCCAUAAUAGCCGUUGUAGAAGUUAUGGAUCUUCCCGGCU